UAAAAACUGUGGCCCUGACCGGACCCAGAGCCGUUGGAAGCUUGUCUUUUGAUAACCCCACCUCGGUUUUAUGCCUGCUAGGAUAGAUGAAGAAGUUGAUGCGUACGCAUGUCCUUUUCCAUCAUCAACUAGUUUCCUGUGCCAAAGUUCCUCCUCUGCCUUGUUCUUGGUUCUUGUCGAUGGCCUCAGGGCCAAGCACCUGCGCACCCCCGAGUACGGCGGCACGGACCCUUCGGUGGCACGCAACUUUUCGACGGCGUGCGCCGCGUGUCAGAGCACCGAGAGGGGGAUAUAUGCUGCAUGCGGUUUGGCGAGGUGUCUAGUAGGAUCACUUGCGCCUCUCAUAGAAAACGGUUGUCUGUCCGGUCCACCCUGUACGCCGGAGCACCACCCAUUCAUUCAUCCAUCCAUCCAUCCAUCCAUCCUCCUACUCCUCCUCCUCCUCCUCCACUGCCAGAUGUCAUCGGGUUGUAAUGUUGGAAAGCGGCGGAAAUUACGACGUUGCAGCCAUGAGUGACAUCCUGGAUCACGGAUUGGGCGAACAACUGGCAGCGGCCCUGCUCACUUGGGGUGGGGAACAGGACCAGGAGGCGAGACGGCAACCGAGAACGCAACCAGAUCAUCAUAACGAGCCCGGUGCUGAUGCCCGCUCAGAUUCCAGUUUUGACUCUGCCACUGACUCUGGCUCUCUCACUCCUCUGACCCGCCAUCAUGUUUACUUCCGCAAACUGAUGCGCUUCGCCGACGACAGCACCUGGAGCAAGACAGCCCUGGGCCCCCACAGGCGUGAUAUUGAUGUCAACCUGGAGGACGGCAACCACCGUGACGAUAACCUGGAUGCUACCGAUUCCGAUAGCACCUUCACCACCCAACCAGCCAAGAGCACCAAUAUCUGUGCCCGUUAUCGCCAGCACAGGGUAGAGACCAUGGAGAACCCACCGCUGCCCCCACAGAACUGGGACAAGGAAUUGCCGCCAGCACCUUUCAAUACAACCCCUACCUCAUCAUCAUCACAUCCCCAGAUGUCUUGCAGGAUAUCAACCUUCCCGUUCUCACAUCCAUGUGACAUACCAGAGUUGAUACUUGAUCCGGACGAGGACCAUCUUCACACCGAACCCAGCCCGCUGCCAUCCGGGCCCGUCACCCCCAGCGUGGUCAACGACAUCUUCCAACCUCUUAGCCAGACUGCUUCCCCUGAUCUCGAGUUUGGUCCCUUCACUCCACUCGCCCUCGAGGCGGAUUUUCAACACUCCAUGGAACAGCAGCAGCAGUCCAGAAAGAUGUCCAUCAAGACCAUGGUCUCGGACGUAUCAGACGGUCUCGGUAUUAUUGAAGAAGAAGACGACGUCAACACCGACGGCGUGUCUAUGCUCACUCCGACAGAGGCCUCUUUUGGUGGAGCCGCUGGCGGAGAAUCCAGCAUAGAUCGGUUUGGGAGGGUAGAUUCAAGGACCUACCAACCCCAAGCAUGGAGCAUCAGUUCAUCGGCCGGUAGCAUCGGGUCGAGCGAGUGGCGCCCCAGCAUCAAGAGCUCACGAAAGUCGGUAACCCUCCUCUCGCGCAUGCGCGGACGACACUCGGUAGUGCAGGAGGAGCCUUUGGAAAAACGGUCGCUGACUCCGUACGAGCUCAGUGCUCCAGCACCAAGACAGGACGAUGACAACUGCGUUGACAUGCCGCCCCCGCCGACUGGAUCAUCGCUGCCUACCAUUCACAGUCGCACCGAGAUCACCUCGACGACCAACCCUCGGUUCUUUGGCAGAAUUCCGUGGUUGACAAGUGAUUCGCAACCCGAAAAGCAGGGGACCGUGUUUGGUGUUGAUUUGAAUUCGAGCAUAAAACUGGCGCCCAUGAAGAUUCGGGUGUCACAUCGGGGAAGGGGGUCAUCGUACCGGACAUAUCCGCUAGGCGUUUACAAGUGCUGCGAGUUCAUUCGCAAAGAGGGCAACAAAGCCGGCAGAGCUUUUUGCUCUCCCGGCAACGCCUUCAACGUGGCACAGCUCAAAGAAAUCUUCAACACAGGACCGACUUACGGCGAGAAUUUCCAGUUUGAAGGUACCGACUACACGGUCCACGAUGCCGCGCGUUUGAUUCUGUUAUACCUUGAGGAAUUGCCCAAACCUCUCAUCACGUCAUCAGUUGUAAGGUGUUGGGUGUUGCUGGCCCGCCAAGAGGGAGCCAUCGAGCCGCCUUGUCCACGGGUCGAAACCGGACUCGACUUUUGGACCGAAGCCCUCAGCCGUCUGCCAACCGCGUCCCGCAAUCUCGUCAAGCACCUACUCGCCAUAUUUGCCGAGGUCUUGCUGCAAACGACGGGAAACGUCACAGAGGCAGAUUCACGGCAUUUUGCCUCUGCAGUCUCGCGGGCACUGUUCCAUCAGGACACCGACGCCAGUGUCAUGGCUGGUGGUGCUCCCACAGCCAGCAAGAAGAAGACCAAUAAAAGGAGCGUCCACCCGACGCUGGCUCUUGCUUUCUUGAUCAAGAAGCGAGGAGAAUAUUCGGCGACGUUGGGCAAGGCUACAAAUAUGGGUACCAAGAGAGACACCCAGUUUUUGCCCACCACGAAGGAAAUCAUGCAAUGGAAGGGAUAGAAAGAGAUAUAAUGGCGUGUUCAAAAGCUACGGGGACACCGGUUCAAAGGUGGGCAUCAUGGCCUAGGUAGGUAGGAUGUGGACGGACAGGAGAUGUGAACGGAUAAACUGGCACGCGCGUUGGUUGAGAUACCCCUUUUGCUUUCUUGCCAUUUUUAUUGCAUUUUAGUCUUUCAAGCGUUGGAGGGGUUUGCCUACACAUCACAUCUAUCAUCUUCACACAAUCAUCAUUUUGCGGCGUUUUCUUUGUUAUUUCCGGGAAUGGAUGAGCCCAAUGUACAUCUGGAUUCUACAUGUCGAAGCGGAUAGUCAUUUAUUAAUGUUGGUACCUAUAGUCUGGGUUGAAAAAGGGUCAAGUGAUCGGAUGGAAGAAGGUUGACUGGGGAAUUGUCAUGAUAUCAAAAUAUCAUCUAAUGCUGCUGUCC